AUGGAUGUGGACGAUCAAGACAUGGAACGUACCUACAAACGGAUACGUCUGCAAUCACCGGAGCUGGGCAUCAUUUCUGAUAAUUUCGAAGAUUUUCUCUUGUCAGACUCUGAAUUGUUUCCACAGCUCCCGUGCGACAAUGGUCUCUGGGCCAGCAUCUCAGAACUUACCGAAGAAAUUAAAGACGAAGCGAGACUUGAUACAGAAGGCGAGGCACUGGUCGCUGAGACAGUUCACCAUGUCUGCCUCGGAACGAUAACCCCGAAGACGGCAUCUUCAUUCUUUAAGAACCGACAAGAGUCAGAAGUCAUGGUCAACAUACGGCAAUGUGGGGACAUCCUGAAGUUGAGGGCGGUAGACACGGAUGCAUACGCGGGCGUCCUGGACGGCUCGUUUCCGCCAGACUUGCUACAUCGACCUUCGGUGAAACUCAACGCUCUAUUGACCGCACCAGCAUCCCUUCGCGUCAUAAUACUCAGUCAUAUCAACGAAGCAACUGAGAUAGGAAGCCUUUUAUCUAACAAUCAACUUUUUCUUCAACAUCCAUCACCUCGGGACAUCGAAUAUUUUGAGCUAGAGAUGGAAUACUUUAAUCCCCAAUUUCUUGUUACUCCGGGAUCCCGUAUGCCGCAGUUGGAGGAUCUUGCCAUUGAAUACAACCAAAGUACAUCUAAUGCUUCUUUGGCGCUGGAUGAUCAAAAAAAAGGCCAACUCAUUGGUAUUUUUGACACGGCGGCUGACCUUUCCAUUCAACCCACGACUGAACCAAGUCCGCGCCUGCAGACUCGUCUGAAAGACUAUCAGCUCAAAGCUCUUACGGUUAUGAGCGAAAAGGAGUGCGCCAACGUUGAAAGUCCGCAAUGCCCUUCGCUCUGGGUUGCACGGGAUGCAUCCAAUAGAAAAGACAGAGAAUACCGCCACAGAAUAACGGGGCAUCGGGUCGAUGUUCCGCCCGUCUGCGCCGGAGGAAUCCUUGCUGAUGAAAUGGGCCUCGGGAAAACCCUCUGCGUGUUGUCCCUCAUUUGCUGGUCGCUAGACUUGCUGAGGGACACGAAACCUGAAUGGAAUGGUUCUCAGCCUUUGACAACUUUGGUUGUCAUACCUAAGAGCAUGAUUCCUGGCUGGCAAUCUCAGAUAAAAACCCACAUCGUCCCAGGUCAGAUCCGUGUUGCCGUCUAUCAUGGUCCUGGCAGACAAACUCUUGCCAAGCAGUUCCGGGACAACGAUAUUGUCUUGACAACGUAUCAGACCUUAAGGUCUGAGUGGACUAAAAAGGGCCCGUUGUUCACAGAGCAAUGGUUCCGCAUCGUUCUAGACGAAUCCCAUCGUAUUGGUAAUAGGUCAACUCAAGUCUUCCAGGCCGCAUGUGAGCUCCAGUCAUCGAGGCGCUGGUGUCUCACGGGAACUCCCAUCGUAAAUUCUAUUGAUAACAUUGGAGCAUUGCUUGCCUUUAUCAAGAUGGAGCCCCUUGAUACCAAGGCCGCUUUCGAUCAUUGGAUAUCUAACCAGAUACGUGAUAACCUGCAAGAAGGCCUUCGAAAACUUCGGAUCCUCGUUGAAGCUACCUGUCUCCGUAGGACAAAAACUAGAAUUUCGCAGGCACUCCCUCCUCCCACAGUCUGCGAAGAAAAGAUUGAGCUGAAUCCAUAUGACCGCGCUCUCUACAACUUCUUCGAGUCUGAAGCUGCCAAAAACGCUGCCGACUCUCCUAAUAACUAUCCUGCUAGCGCUCCAGAGAAGGGUAGGGAAAAGAAGAAUGUUUUAUCUCUAAUCCAGAAUCUUCGCCAGAUUUGCGAUCACGGAGAAGACCUCUUACCUGCUACAGACAUGGAAGUGUGGAGGUUGCAGAGAUGUCAAGGACCAAUUUUUCAGACGAUGCCUGGACGUAAUCAUAGUAUUGAUUCAUACUGCAAGACAUCACCGUCUGCAAAGGUACAGAGAUUGAUACACAACAUUCAAUCGGAGCAAGCGGGAAGCUUACCAGGGUCGGCGAAUCCACCGGUGAAAAGCGUGGUUUUUAGUUAUUGGACUAAGAUGCUCGAUCUUGUUCAGAAAGCUCUUAUACAGGCCGGUUUAUUAUGCGAGAGAAUUGAUGGCCAGUAUUCCAUCAAGCAACGAGAGAAGGCGCUGUCUAGAUUUGCAAACGACCCCUGCUGUACUGUAAUGCUGGCCACCCUUGGUAGUGGCGGAGAAGGCAUUGAUCUAACCUCGGCUAACCAUGUGCAUCUUCUGGAGCCUCAUUGGAAUCCUAUGGCAGAAGAACAAGCGAUUGCGCGUGUUCAUCGAAUAGGCCAGCAGCGACACGUCACUGCCACCAAGUAUAUUACUCCACAUUCAAUCGAGGAGUAUGUUCAAAGCAUUCAAGUCAAGAAAACACAGCUUAUUCAGGAUACGUGGAGUGUCAACGAUGACUCUACUGACAAUACUAUUGGCGAUGAGACUUUAACGAAGCUUAAGCAAUGGCUCGCUCAGAGAAACUAG